CAGCAUUUUCUUUCAGCUGUUAUUGCUAUUAAUUUUUUUUUCUUUUUUAGUAAAAUCACAGCCAUUUGGAAUAGAUGAUAAGGUUGAAGAGAGAAGAGUAAUUUUGAUUAUUCUUCAUAGACUGCAUGAUCAUCUAGCAAAAAUAGCAGGAGAGUACGAUUGUGGAGAUCAUGUCCAUUAUAAAAACAGAAGUCUGUCUGUCCAAGAUGCUGCUGAGUAUGUAACUGUUCUUGAUCCCAAUCAUGAAAAGAAAUUUAAUGGUUCACUACAAUGGAUUUUACAGAGUACAGAUGACUUUGGUAUAAAGUUGCUUGGCAGUGACUCUGAAGUCAAGGUAAAUGAUGUGAGUGAAGUACAGUAUCUGGAAUCCACACAUCCACAGAUGUCAUUUAUCUGCCGCUUUCGUCGUGCAUUCCUAACUGUCUUGCAUAGGAUGUUUAUAUUUCUUGUGGGUGUGGGAAUUGUGUGGGGAGUGCUUCAUUACAUGAAGUAUCGUUGGUGGAAGGAAGAGGCAGAGACCAGACAGAUGUAUGACAUGGUGGAAAGAAUCAUAGAUGUUCUGAGAAGCCAUAACGAAGCCUGCCAAGAAAAUAAGGACUUGCAGCCUUAUUUGCCUAUUCCUCAUGUACGUGAUUCUCUCAUACCACCCCAGAAUAGGAAAAAGAUGAAAAAGGUGUGGGAGAGAGCUGUUGUUUUUGUUGAAACCAAUGAGUCCCGUAUUCGGAAAGAAACCCAAAGAGUAGGAGGAGGAGAUUUCUUAGUUUGGAGAUGGACUCAACCAUCUUCAACUUGUGAUAAAAUAACAGUUGUGCCGUCCAAAGUAUGGCAAGGAAAAGCCUUCCACCUUGAUGGUAGAAAUUCUCCACCUAACAGUUUGACACCCUGUUUAAAGAUUCGGAAUAUGUUUGACCCUGUCAUGGAAAUUGGGGAUGACUGGCAUAUUGCAAUUCAGGAAGCAAUCCUAGAAAAGUGCAGUGACAAUGAGGGAAUCGUUCAUAUUGCAGUGGAUAAGAAUUCACGUGAGGGUUGCGUGUAUGUGAAGUGUUUGUCUCCAGAAUAUGCUGGCAAGGCUUUUAAAGCACUUCAUGGGUCAUGGUUUGAUGGAAAACUAGUGACUGUAAAAUAUCUGAGAUUAGAUCGUUAUCAUUAUCGCUUUCCUCAGGCUGUCCAUUGCAACACUCCAUUAAAGCCAUCAAGUAGGUACAUGAAUUCAAUGUCGCAUCUGCGUCUUCUGACCAACACAGCUAACUCUCAAGGAGCCUCGUGAGACCUCUCCUAUCCCUGCCAGUGCUGUUACACUGCAGCAAGAGAAGUCCUGCUUGAAUGCUCUGUCUUCCUUUUUAUUGCUUUUAUAUGUACACUUUUUGUAUUAUAAGGAGUGCAUCUUCUGUGUUAAGAUGCCAAGAAGCUGGAGAAAAUUUCCAAAGGAGCUAUCUGUAACAUUUUGGUGUAUUGGGAUAAACAAGUAGUGGCAUAGAAGUAAAACAAGAUGUGACUUUCAUGCAGCGGUUAUUAAUUCUUAGACUGUGGGUUGGGCAUGAACAGUUUUGUUUAAUGGCACUAGGUGAUGUUUUGGAUGUCUUGGGGAUUAAUCAUGCAUACCAUGGUUCAGUCAGUAUUUGACCACUGAACUAAAGGAGAGGAUAUCAGUUGGUCAGAUGUGACUAUUCAAAAUCUGUUUGCAUUUUUUUGUUGGAAUUUUGAGUUGCAGUGCUUGAAUGUAAAUUUGCGAGCAGUUUGAUACAAGAUGGGCAUCUGAUAAUUGCGAACAACAUGGAGCGAGUACACAACAUGUAGGGCACAGUGCAACAGCUGUUGAUAGCUGUCAGCAGAAAUUUGAAAUGAAUAAGGGCAACUUCAUAAUGUGGCUGUCUACUUAAUGAGAUUUGAUUUAUUUUGUGCAAUAAACAUGUCUGGAUUAAAUAUGGAUUAAUAAUAGCACUAUCAUGCAGGAAGAAGAAAACCAGCAGUGUUAUGGAGUGUCAUAAUUUGCAGAAUGACAAAUGUGCAGGUUACUCAAAUAAUAAAAAAGAAAAAUGACGUACUGUGAUUAACAACUUGGUCUAUAUUCCAUUAAGUAAAUGCAAGCAAUCUGAAUUAUGGAAAUUUUCAUAGAAUGAGUAUAGCUUUAUGUUCAUUUAAUCUUGCUUUUGUUCAUUGUUUAUUCCAAAUUUAGGUCAUAAUCUGCAGGUGAUACAUUUCAGCAUGGAAUUGCACAAAAUGCACAAUUUUCUGAGUAAACAUGAUGCACACUGCCUGCAGCAGAGCCUUACUGUGCCUUACCUUUGUGUGCUUGAUGCAGGCACUGUAAUGAACAGGAAUGUAACUUAAUUCCAGAUUUCACACAGAAAAGUAACCAGUUUGUUCUGUACAACUUUUUUGUUGCACUUUGGUUAAGAAGUUGUACUAAAGUAAAGCAAGGAAUCUUGCUGUACCAUGUGUGCAUCAUGUGAUGGUGUUAAUAUUAUUCACGUUUUUGGGCCAACCCAUGAUGCACCUGGUUUGUUGAUCUGUUGUAAGACUGAAUGUGCAAGUGGA